CGUCCCACUUCCCUUCCUCGCUGGGAAAACGCCACAUCUGACAACUGGUGAGAGGGAACCACACAGACGCAACCAGGGAGCGUGAACACCCGACCUCAAGAUGCUGGCACUCGCUAACCGGCUUCUGGACUGGUUCAAGUCUCUGUUCUGGAAGGAGGAGAUGGAGCUGACGCUGGUCGGCCUCCAGUAUUCGGGGAAAACCACAUUUGUAAACGUGAUCGCUUCUGGGCACUUCAGUGAAGACAUGAUCCCUACAGUCGGGUUCAAUAUGAGAAAGGUCACGAAAGGAAACGUCACCAUCAAGAUCUGGGAUAUAGGAGGGCAGCCGAGGUUCAGGAGCAUGUGGGAGCGGUACUGUCGGGGAGUUAAUUCAAUCGUGUACAUGGUUGACGCAGCAGAUCGUGAAAAGGUGGAGGCAUCUAGAAACGAGCUUCAUAAUUUAUUAGACAAACCUCAGUUGCAAGGGAUUCCUGUUUUGGUACUCGGCAACAAAAGGGAUCUUCCCAGUGCUCUAGAUGAAAAGCAGCUCAUUGAGAAAUUGAAUCUGGCAGCUAUCCAGGACAGAGAGAUAUGCUGCUACUCAAUUUCCUGCAAAGAGAAAGACAACAUUGACAUCACACUUCAGUGGCUCAUCCAGCACUCAAAAUCCAGGAGGAGCUGAAAAUGGAGUUGUUGCGCAGCCAUUUUAUUGUCAUGCCCCCCAGCCCGACUCAAUGAAACUCACAUGCUGCUCUGUUCUGCUCGUGACACACAUGUAUUUCCCCCCUUGUCACCUUGUGGUUCUUUCACAAACCCUGAUAAUGCACUACUAAAGAUGUGACUGAUACCAAAUUUAAGAAAUGUUGUUGGCAUUAUUCGUCCUGUAAAGCUGUUCUUUAACUUGGAGGCCGAACAUAAUUUCGGUCUACCGUUUAGGCAUUACCCGGUUAGUCAUACCCAGUGGUUUUCUCACACUAAUUAUGGAUACGACAACAUUCUCUUGAAGGAUAGUUGUUACCGUCAAGCAGCCCUCAAAUAACGAGACAUUAUUUACCCAGUCAGCCAUUGAGCUCUGUCCUGUGAUCGUCUUUGAUGACUGUCACCCUUCGCUUAGUCAGGUUUUCUUCUUUCGUGAAAAUGUUUUAGAAAACUGCAUUUAGUCUGUACAAAUAAAUAUCAAGCUUGUAUGAUUUUUACUGAUGUGAGAUGUGCGUGUAUGGAAAUAUGAUUUUAUUUAAGGUCUGAAUUUACUAAAGGAGUUUGGUGGUGCAUAUUGGCUUCUGUUUGUAAUUAGCCUCAGUGGAAUGAUGUGUGUGCUGUCUCGAGGCUGAGAGAGUGGCAGAACUCAGUGCCUUGUGCAAUGUCUCACCUCUGAAGCAAAGCAGCAUGCAAGGUGUGCCAACCCGGGAAGAGUCAAAGAAACAAACACCACUUCAGUAUAUUCAAAUAAUAAAAAGGCAUGCUUUUUAAUUAA